AUGUCACGAUUAAGUUGUCAAGUGACAUUAAAAAGUCUUUCUGAAACCAGAUGGUCAGCUCGACACGAUGCUGUCAAUGCACUCUGCCUUUCUUGGAAUGAAAUAUUAUCCGCCUUGGAAGAUAUUUCUGAAGAUACGCGAGAAAAAGCGUUAACGACUUCUGAAGCAUCAGGUAUUUUAACAAAUUUAAAUUCAUUGGAAUAUUAUUUCCUAGCUCUCCUUUGGAAUGAUAUUCUUGAUCGUUUCAAUAAAGUCAGUAAAAUAUUGCAGUCGACAAAUACAGAUUUACCUACUGUAGUAGAAUUGUAUCAGUCUUUAAUUAAAUAUAUAGAAUCAAUGCGAACAAAUUUCGAAAAUUACGAAAAACAAGCUAUACAGAAAAGUAAAAUUAAAGAAUAUGCCUGUAAUAUUGUUCGUCAUCGGAAACGAAAAAUACAUUUUGAUGACGAACUAAAUGAAAAUGAUCUAAAUUCAUUAUCCGGAAGUGAUAACAUGCAUAUUAACGUAUUUUACGUUAUUUUAGAUUUACUUCUGGCAGAUUUAAACAGACGAAACAAAUGUUACGUUGAUUUAAAUAAUAAAUUCGGCUUUUUAACAAGCUUACAUGAGUUAAGUCCAGAAAUGAUAACAACCAAGGCUCUUAAAUUACAAUCCUACUAUCCGGACGAUUUGGAAAUAUCAUUAGACAUUGAAUGUCGGCAUCUUGCAGCUCAUUUAAAAUCUCUAAAUAUAGGCAAAAUGUCAGCGUUAAAACUAUGA